GUCCGAUUGGUGAGGUGUGAUGGUGUUUGUACUUGUGUCUCUGGUUUUAGCAUCCUCUUGAUUUUCUCUCUGUCGGUUUGCUACUGGUUUGACUUCGAUGUAAGGUCUAUCCAAUUUUAUUGGUGCUUCCGACGUUCACAUUAGGAAAGUUUGGUGAGAGUUUCUGAUCCUUUUGCUCAUUUUUAGUGCUUAAAUCUUGUUUUUCUCAUAGUUUUUGACCUUCAUUAGAAUUUUGUCUCUUGGUUUGAUUUCUUUGAUUUAAAUUAGUUUUCCCAUAUCUGUUGGGUUUUUUCUUCCCUCUUUUGGAUUGAGUUUCUGGAGACAAUCCAUUGAUCCACCGAUUUAUAUAUUUUAACUUGUAUCCUACUUUGGUUUUUAAUAAAAUUUAGAGGACAACAAAAAAAUAGUAAACUGCAAGCCCGACCCAGUAACCUAUUAAGGUCCAAAACGACAUCGUAGAACAUAGCAAGUAAAAGAAGAAAAGAUAUAGAGAUAGAGACAAUGAUAUCAUCAUCAUCAUCAUCCAACAUGGCAUCAUCAUCAAUCCUCAUCCCUCCGAUUCUCACCCGUCGUAAUCUCCUCCUCUCCACCACAAUCGCCACCGUAACUCCACCACCACCAGCUAAACCACCUUCCCCCGACAUCACAAUAACCGAUCGAGUCUUCCUCGACUUCUCCCUCUGCCCCACCUACUUCCGCUCAGAUCCCUCCGCGACACUCUCCUCCACCACACCUUGCUCCGAUUCAACUCCUCUCGGCCGCGUCGUUCUCGGAUUAUACGGCCGUCACGUUCCCAUAACCGUCUCAACUUUCAAACGUAUGUGUACUUCAUCUUCCACAUCUUACAAAAACACACCUGUCCACAAAAUCUUCCCUGGUCAGUAUUUUCUCGCCGGAAGACAAGGAGGAGGACGGCGAGAUACGGCGGAGGUUGGUUAUUCACUCAGAGACUUACCUCGUAACACCGACGUUGUUAAUUCCAAAGCUUUUUUACUUCCUCAUGCUCGUGCUGGUGUUGUUUCUCUUUGUUUAUCUGAGAAUGAUGAUGAUGAUGAUAUUAGACUCGAUCCUGAUUAUAGAAAUGUUGAAUUCUUAAUCACUACUGGUCCUGGACCGUCUCCGCAGCUCGAUGGCGGUAACAUUGUAUUCGGAACUGUUCUUGAAGGAUUAGAUGUAGUGACGAGUAUUUCUUCGAUUCCGACGUAUAAGCCGUCGGAGAAUAUUAAACAGUUUAACGAUUUUGCGGAGUUUCUUGGAGACGAGAGAGCUCAAAACGCGAGAUCUUUGUGGAAUAGACCUUUGAAGACGGUUUUCAUUAGUGGCUGUGGAGAGCUUAAGGUCACUAAUCCUUCACUCUCUCCAACUUUGCCUUAAUUAUCGUAUCUUCGUAUAUAUAUAUAUGUGUGUGUGUCAAAUCUUGUUUAUAAUCAUGCUUCUGCUUCUUCUACUAUAUGAAAAUGAAAUUGUAAUUUAAUCCUACUCUGGUGGUUGCUAAAGAUUAGUAUAGAGAAGAGCUUAUAUAAUCAUAACAUUGAGGUUGUUGUUGUUUGACUUGCCCUCCGGAACUAACCUUCUAGUGGGUUGUAAUCAUCUGCAGAGAAAGUAAUUUAGGAUAGAGCGUUGUUUACGGUUUGAGUAACCCUGUUUGUGGUCUGGAUUUUCAAAGGUGAAUCCCAAUGAGGGUAGAGAAACGAUUUCAGGUGUUUUUUAGUGAGUGAAGGAUUAGUGUGUGAAAUGUUUCAGUUUGUUGCGGUCAUGCCGUUUAUGAUUGAGAAAAUUGUGUAUGAAAAAAAUGAAGUAGAAUUGUGAGAGCUCCCUAAUCAAACCAGAUGAAUUAGAAUCCGUAAAAGUUUUGAGACAGCUUUAACCGAACUUUGUUCGCUAUGAGGGCAACAAUGUUCCUUUAUUAGUGAGUGGAGCCGAGGAGGUUGCAGAGCAGACAUGGUCUACUAGAACAAGGUCUCUUCCUGGUGUGUAUAUCCUAUGUUCUUAGAUAAUAAGCUGCGGUGAGUGUAGAUUUGCAGUACAAGAUUGCAGGGAAGACAAAGAAAGUGGAUGAAUUAAAGCAUGAUAAGAAAAGCCAGAGUUCCCUGAGGUCAAUCAAAAGUUUCGAGAUCCUCUAAAACUGACAAAAAUGAGUUUUUAUUGUAACCCUCUGCCUAUUCCAUAUUGCUUUGUGGAAAUGCUUCAUUGGAUUUGAUUCUCUCGAAUACCAACAUUUAAGUGCAAUUUUAGUGGCAGUGGACAUAUAUGCGCAAGUGUGCACAUCUUCUCGGCAGUGGAUGUUACAGUCACUUUUCGAGAGAUUUUCAGUUACAUGGCCUUCCUCGA